AUGUCUGACGCCUACUUCGCCAUGUCUGACGCCUACUUCGCCGGCGCACCGGUCAAUGGUCACGACUCCGGAGCACCACACUCGGAUGCUACCGCUCCUGCUCCAAAAGUAGAGGCCUCCUCCGACGGUUCCGCCAUGAGCUUCCAGUCGACGACACCGCUCAAGCCCGAGUCCAGCAGUGCACCUCUCGUACCACCCACCGCAGAACCCAUCUCCAGCGUCGGCAUCCAGCCAGCCACCCUCGUCUCGGAAGCCCAAGCGCAUUCCCAACACGCCUCCUUUGCCACUCCAUCCGCCCCGCAGCAAUCCGAGCCCGCGCCUGUCUCGUCCAAACCGUACGAUGGCCCUUUGGAAAUGACGGCAGCUCAGCUGAAAUUUGCACAGAGCACGCUCAAAUCUCUCAAAAGUCGACGCGAGGCCAUCGCUUUCCUCGCCCCCGUCGACCCCGUCGCCCUUGGUAUCCCUCAGUACCCGCAAAUCAUCACCAAUCCCAUGGACUUUGGCACCAUUGAUGUCAAGCUCGCUCUCACCGCCCUCGUGCUCAAACCUAACUCCAAGCCGGGAGACAAGGCGAAAUCUGCGCCUCAAUUGGGCCUCGAUCCUUCUAAGGACUUCUACCGCCGCAUGGACGAUUUCGAGAACGACGUCCGCCUCGUCUUUUACAACUGUGCAACCUUUAACGGGCCCGAGAGCCCCUACACCCAAAAUGCACGUGUCCUCGAGGCUGCCUUUAACAAGUACUUGAAGGAUGUACCGGCAGCCACAGUACCUUCGGCUCAGGCCUCCGAUUCCCCCGCUGCUCGUGCGCGUCGUCCAUCCAACCCCGUGCCCACCAUCCGCCGCUCCUCUUCCGACGUCGGCGGCCGACCGAAGAGGGAGAUUCACCCGCCUCCGCCCAAGGAUCUUCCCUGGGCGAACGAGCCACAGAGCGCUUCUUCCUCCGAGAUGCGCAAAGCCGCACGCCGCAAGGCCGCAAAGAAAGGUGGUCUUUCGGCACGUGAACAGGCCCAUUACGCAAAAGUCGCUCAGGACGAACUGCGUUUCUGCACCCGCAUCAUUGACGAUCUGCUCAAGCCAACUUACUCCAAUGUUGCCUGGGUCUUUUACGACCAACCCACCUUGGAUUUCGACUGGGCACCUGCGUACUUCCAGAUGAUCAAAAAACCAAUCGCCCUGCGCGACGUUCAGAAGAACAUCAGGUCGGGCGAGUACGCCGAUGCCGACGAGUUCAAUGCAGACAUGCAGCUCCUCUUCCAAAAUUGCUUCACCUUCAACCCGCCAGGCUCGGACGUCUACACGAUGGGAGAGCAGCUCAAGGCGGUUUACGAGGAGAAGAUGGCGCGCAAACCUGCCCCGGCUCCUUUGCCCGACUACGAGGAGAGCGAUGUUGAAGAUGACGAGGACGCCGACGAAGACGAGGACGACGUGGAUCCUGCCUUCUUGGCGACGCUGCAAGAUCAGAUCUCGCAGCUCUCGUCCACGCUCGCUAUGCUCGAGGGCGCCAAGAACCAGAAUGCAGGCCUGAUCGCCAACACCAAGGCCAUGCUGGCUUCGUUGCAGGAGAGCUACGCCAGCUCGGGAGGAUCCAAGAAGAGCAAGAGCAAGGGUGCUGGCUCUAAGAGAAAGGCACCGGAGAGCGGUGGAGCCAACAAGAAGAAGAGCAAGGCCAAGGCGGCCAGCAGCCCUUCAGCCGCGGCUGCCGACUACGCCCCGGCCAAGAAGGCCAAGUCGACAGCUGCCAAGAAGAAGCCUGCGCCUAGCAGCAACAAGAAGGCGAGCACGAGCCGCAGAGACGACAACAGCGACGAGGACAUCCGCACGGUGACGUACGAGCAGAAGGAGGAGCUGGCGGCCAAGAUCACCGAGCUGUCCGAAGAGCGUCUGGACGGUGCGAUCCGGAUCAUCAACGAGGACAAGCCGCCAAAUCAGAACGACGAAGAGGAGAUUGAGCUCGACAUUGACGAGCUGUCGCCGAGAACAUUGUACAAGCUGUACAAGUACGUGGUGCGACCCAAGAAGCCGGCGCCGGUGGCCAACAAGAACAGCAAGUCGGCGCCACUGGACGGACGAAAGCGUGGUACGGGAGGUAUCAAGAAGAAGAACCUGGACGAAGGCGAGGAGGCCGAGAGGAUUGCUCGCCUUCAACAGCAGCUGGAGCAAUUUGGCAACCCGGAUGCGGUGGGUGCUGGCGGAGCGGUGGGUGGGCACGACGAUCUGGUGCACUCGGAAAGCUCGUCGGACGAGAGCGGAUCCGACUCGGAUUCCGAUUGA